AUGCUCCGGCCGGGUCGGCAGCUUUGUGACGAGAGUGUCUCGAUUUACUUUGAGCGCCUGCGGCGGGAGCCACCGGAGUGGCAGACGGUGAAAGAUGGGGACGGUGGUACAGUCGUGUCCCGCCGCUCCUUUUCCUCGCAUCUUCCCGAUCUCCACUGGAUCGUGGGCGGCGGUCUGCACUUGACCGCCCCGGUGACUGAUUUGGAAACGCUUCGCAUAUUGAACGCGCGCUGCAUCGCUGAGAACGGCCAGCUGGUAUUCAAUAUGACUGCUCAGCUUAGCCAUGGCCGCCUAUUUGGUUAUCACUCAGCUCAGCCACCACUGCAGCUGCACUGCUGCACUGCUGCCAGCUGA